AUGUCGGCCCACCCCAAGAAGAGGUACUACCCACCGCAACCCUCACGCGGCGAGGACAGAGACGCCACAAGGCACACCACCUACUCCACCCGCAAAGUCGCCAUACAAGGCCCUCCUGCUCUCCGGACAGCAAAAAGCUGUCCUUAUAUUUCUCCCGCCGACAGGAGCAACCUGAAAAAGAAGGGGAAAGGGAGCAUGAGCUGGCGUGGGCCGUAUAGCGGCUCGGCUGGGGCUGCAGCGAAUGCGAGCGCACAAGAGCGACCGGGUGGACCACCUCCAUGGCUGCAGCGCAAGACCGACUCCUCGUCAGCCACACCUUUCGACUCUGUUGGAUCCCCCAGAUUCGCAGCAUCUCACAAACCGUUGGGGGCCCAGGCCGGUGGCUCGCAUUGGAAGAAGAAGGUGCCCAAUUGUCCAGCUGCUAUGGCGAGCCCACCUGUCCCGGCAGCUCAACCCAGUCGCGUGCAGUGGGCGGCCAGAGCACCACCAACACAGCCAAGAUCUUUAUUAGACUCCAAUUCUCCUGUCUCGCCAUCCACGUUCCCUCCCAUAAUGGCGAAAGCUCCUUCGCCAAAUUCGGUCGGUCAACCCUCUUCCAACAUGGGCAAGACGCAAUCUUCCCAGCCUGUGGCACCGCACGACCACAUAUCAACCAACUUCUCUCAUUCUUUUCAUCAAAACCCCCAACCAUCCAGCUACCAACUCUCCCUUGAUGCAUACAUAUCAAUGCCGGCGCUCUCCGCGGCAAAUUCGCCGUCUCCUCCAUCUCCACCAUCGCGACCACCCGCGCUUCAGCAAUGGUUCGAAGCGAGGAGACGUGUUAGUACAGAUGACGGCCAAUCUGAUGUUUUACAACCAAAGUCUUCAGAGAUCUCAAACAUCGACAAGCAUCAGGAGGGCUCGUCCCAAGACGUGACUGGCGGGCGGUCAGGGCUGGGACUGGAAAACGCUUCGACGAGUCAGAAUGUGGAAAUGGACGAUGAAGAGCGAGAUGUGAAGCCGAGUGCCGAAGCGUUGGAAAAGGCUUUGGAGCAGGCUGUGCCGAGGGUGAAAGAGGAAGAUCGUCUGGAAGGUUGCUUGGCGCUGACACGCGGGCAGCUCCCAAAAGAUGUCUGGUCACCCAACCCAUCAAUUAGGCGGGGGACUCGAGGCAAAAUACGCGAGCAGCAAGAAAAAGAGUUGACCAAGAUGGGUCGGAAGCUCGUCAAAAGUCGAUGGAUGAGCGACGGAGUGGCACAUGACUGGAAACUCGUCAAGCAAAUCAGCCUCGUUGAGGAUCAAUGCUGCCAGAUUGUCAAAGACGAUAUCGCCGUAACUAUCCCCGGCUUGUCUGCGAUGGACCCAUCUGGUGCCAUGGAUGUGAAUGCUGUCAGCCUCGAGACGGGCUCUGGUCAACAAGAGACUGAGACCCAGGUCGACGGCUCAGGUAGACAUUCGUCAAGGCGUAACGUCAUGGCGCUGGCUGUGUCGGCAGCCGCCACCCAACCAGCGCCUGUCUCGGGGCUGCCGAUGUCGCGUGAGAGCUCGCGGGAUAAACGAGAGUCUGAGAAUGACGUGGCAACGAUGGUAUCGCCUACACAGACUCCCAUCGCUGUUAUCAUACCUUCUGAAACGACCACGAGUACUUCCAAUCGCGUGCCGCCGUCUUCCAUCCCGGCCAAACCCGUCACAGAAGCGCCUGCGAGCAUAGAAUCCACGUCGUUCAAUCUUCCAAAGCCUCCAUCUUCUUCUAAUCCGAGUCGGGCUAUAAAUCCGACUACGAACCCUUCGGUCAAGCCAAAUACAAAACCCGAAGCCAAAUGGGGCCCUGCCAUCAUCGGUCGACCGCCCAAAAGCGGUGCUAUCGACAGGAUCUACAAGUACGAGCUUGAGAUUCCCCCUUAUAUUCAAAUCACUGCGGCCGGCAAGUUUACAGCGCAAUUCCAGACUUGGAAGCUCAAACACCGAGAUGACAUGUCGGGCCAAUCCUCUCGUGGCUGUCCAUCACGAGAGGUCUUUUUGAACCAUGAUGGACCAAACAAGUGCAAGAGUUUGCAAGUCCGAGUGGUACCCAUUGACAUGCAGGACCCCUCUUCUUGGCCUUUGUCCAUGUUCCCCGACAUCGUCGAGUACGUGAUCCCCGAUCACGUCAAACCUCGACACGUCGAGGUCAACCCUCGCUCUGCUUUGUUCCGGACAUGGGAAAAGACUUGCAUGGACAUGGCUUCGAAUCCAGAUCAAUGGGGUCGCCCCACGAGAUGGGUCAAGUCCAUGUUCUGCCCGAGUAUGAGCAAGGGUAGUUUGAGGGUGCGAUGGCGAGGAAAGACGGCGACAGAGAUUGCGAGCUAUGAAGGUGCACCAAUCGUCUUGCCCGGGAAGGGAGAUCACAAAGACAAGAGUUUGAGGGACCGGGAGAUAGAAAUGGUAAAGGAAAGGGAGCAGGGAAAGGUCAAAGACAAGGGGAAAGCUAUCCACAGUGAUUCUCAGCCCGAAAAAAGGCUGAGGUCAGAGUUGAUGGACGAUCAAGACUCUUCGAGGAAGAAGUCAAGGCGAGCGUCAGAGUCAAAUGGUGAGCGCGAGUGGGAUAAGGGCAAGAAGGAGGGUGUCUAUUUUGAUGAGGGCCCCAGGAGUAGGCGCCGUGAGAAGGAGAAGGAGAGGGGCACCAAGCAAUCUGGUGGUGGGAGGGGGAAGGAGAAGGAGACUUCGCGUGAAAGAGAUAGUGGAUGGAGUGGAAUGGAUGCUGGGAAAGCGAAGGAGACGGAAAAGGAGAAAGAGAAAGAGCGGGUUGGACACGAAUCACCGUCAAGUGAGCCUCCUUUUGCUUCUCAAACCUUUCCGAAGCUGACAACAUCAUUCCCGCCAGAGGCAUCCUUCUUCGAUGAUGGACCCUUUCCUCAGGCAGGUAUUCCUGCCACCCCGGUCAACGGGACGUCUUCCUCGCCAUCUGCCUACGCCCCUGCUCUGCCACCCGCUAUGGCGAUGGUCAGACAGCCAGUGGCCACUACUUCUCUUAUUGCAGAGCAUUCAGGCUCCAGCAUUGCUGGUGUGUCGAUGAGUAUCCCCUCUACUGUCGCCGCUGGCCAUGAAACACCACAAACACCGACCAACCCUCAUCCUUCCGUUUCCAUGGCCCGACCCGCGCCGAUGCCUGUACUGGGGUCUUCUACCCAUUCAACCCCCGCAAUCAGCUCGCCUCUUUUAGAGGAACUUGCUUUGGGAGUUCGUCAGAAGAUGAACGAGAUACAGACUUGGACGCAGAUGUUGAACGACUUUCCGGAUAUGGCGGACCCCAUGAGGGGGCAAAUCGAUAGGACACAGACCGAGAUCUUUCGGCUCUAUGCUAAGAUGGGACAGGAGAAAAGGAGGUUGAUGACUGGGGAGUAA